UUUCUAGCAGUGUUCAGCGUAGCUUCGUGUGAAGACACAUGGUCUCUCUAUUCUCGUACGGAAGAAGAAGAGCUUCUUUUGUUCGCUCUGACAGAACUAGAUUGUCCGAGACUGCCAAUGGACAAUGCUAUAACUGUCACGUAUGUGGAACCUGGGGAAGAACUGCCACAAAUAAUACUAGAUAUGAGGACAUCGAGAGCAUUUAAGUGGAAAUCAGCUGUGAUCUUACACGAUGACACAUUAAGUAGGUUGAUUAUUAUUAAAGUAAAUGAGUUUACUAAGAAAAAGCUCUUCUCCUUCGACUUCUCCCGUGUAAAUAAUAGCUCAUAUCACGCUCUUAUCAUGUAGCUAGUUUCAUGACCGGAUCAGUAUUUCCGAAGAUUACCCCGUACAAACAAACAAACAAAGUCUUUAAAAUAUUUGUGCGAUAUAUUAUUCUUUGCUGAUCACAGUACAGUAAAACCAACAGAGUUGAUAUACUGUAGCGAUUGUCGUGAUAUGGUAUCACGCGUGGUACAAUCGCUCACGUUACAAGUAGCCGAGGGUACAGCUACCUCACCCGUGUCAGUCUCUGUUUACAAAAUGAAACAUGAGAUCAACGAGUAUUUGAGACGGAAAGAGAUUACCAGAGUACUUUCAAAAUUGCCUGUGAAGUAUAUAGGAGAAAAUUUCAUGGCAAUAGUUACCACAGAGGUGAUGACGACCAUGUCGGAGAUAGCUCGAGACCUCCUAAUGUCGCAUACGUUGGCGCAGUGGUUGUACGUCAUCUCUGAUACAGACAUGGAAAGAGGCAAUAUAUCUAGUCUCAUUAAUGCCCUUUAUGAGGGUGAGAAUGUCGCAUUUGUAUACAACAUCACAGACAAAAGUCCCGAUUGUAAAAAUGGAUUAAUGUGUUACUGUCAAGAAAUGAUGAGCGCAUUCAUAUCAGCGUUGGAUGCGGCGGUCCAAGAGGAGUUCGAUGUGGCAGCGCAAGUGUCUGACGAAGAGUGGGAGGUCAUCAGGCCGUCGAAGAUUCAAAGGAGAUCCAUGCUGCUGAAACACAUGCAGGUAGGAUACUGGAGACCGAUCGACGCGAUAAGGUUUAACGACGUCUUAUUCCCUCACGUAGAACAUGGAUUCCGUGGAAAAGAUUUACCUGUCAUCACUUACCACAAUCCUCCAUGGACGAUACUGCAAACUAACGAGUCUGGUGCUAUUGUCAGUUAUAAAGGACUUAUCUUUGAUAUCGUCAAUCAACUUGCGAAGAAUAAGAACUUUACGAUCAAAGUAUUGCUGCCGAAUAAGCUGAGACGUUUCUUAUCGAAUGAUUCCUCUGAAGACAUGUCACACAGUCGGGACUCGAUGCUGACGCUAGCGGCAAUUUCUAAAGGACAAGCCGCUAUUGGAGUCGCUGCUUUUACUGUCCUUUCUGAACCACCACCAGGUAUAAACUAUACUACAGCAGUGAGCUCUCAACAAUAUUGCUUCAUGAUAGCCCGGCCGCGGGAGCUGAGUAGAGCACUGUUGUUUUUACUGCCUUUCACAACGGACGUAUGUAUGAUAUACUAAUGAAACCACACUUUUUAUAGCUACUUUAUUUCACUGUUUUUUUCUUCAUUUCACCAUUAUUUUUAAAACAUACAAAUAAAAUAGUUUGUAUCGAUCAAAAUCAAUAUUAUUUAUUCGUCUAG